CGAGCCGGCUCCUCCGUUCAUGCCGGGUCGCUUUCAAUAGUAUCUUGUUUUUUUCUCUCCAUUCUUUUCUUUAUUAUUAUUAUUGUUUUUUUGUUUUUUUUAAUAAAUCCCAGUGAUAAACUAAGGAGAUGCGGGGACUCCUGCCGUUUCACCGGGGCCUGUGCACCCUGAGUAACCGUCAAGCCAGACGCAAAACUGGGAUUGUCGGUUCUCGGUGCGGGUUUUGCGGAACUCAGUCUAAUAGCAAGCCGCAGCCAAACUUUGGGCUGUUGUUCGACAUUGAUGGGGUGCUUGUCCGGGGAAGGCAGCCAAUCCCUGCUGCAAAAAAGGCGUUUGAGAAACUGGUCAACUCUCAGGGACAAUUUGUGGUGCCAGUUGUUUUUGUCACAAAUGCAGGGAAUUGCCUCCGACAAACUAAAGCAGACCAGCUCGCUCACAUUCUCGGAGUACCUAUUACACAAGAUCAAGUCAUCAUGUCCCAUAGUCCGCUGAGGAUGUUUAAGAAGUUUCAUGACAAGUGUGUGCUGGUGUCAGGACAGGGACCGGUCCUGGAAAUUGCUAAAAAUGUGGGCUUUAAUAACGUUGUCAGUGUUGAUAUGCUGAGGGAAUCGUUCCCGCUGCUGGACAUGGUGGAUCACAACAGGAGACCCAAACUGCCGUCCAGUCCUGUCUGCAACCUUCCUAAGGUUGAAGCUGUGAUUCUGUUCGGGGAGCCGAUUCGAUGGGAGACCAACCUGCAGCUCAUCGUUGACAUCCUGUUGACCCACGGUAACCUUGGCAGUGUUCACCAAACCCAAAAGGCGCCUCACCUCCCCCUGCUGGCCUGCAACAUGGACCUCAUGUGGAUGGCUGAGGCGCACUCUCCACGGUUUGGCCACGGGACGUUUCUCGUGUGCCUAGAGAACAUCUAUAAGAAGAUAACAGGCAAAGACCUGAAGUAUGAGGCGCUCAUGGGAAAACCCAGUGAGCUGACCUACCAUUUCGCAGAAUACCUCAUCAGAAGCCAGGCCAUGGAGAGGGAAUGGAAACUCCCCGUCACUUCCCUUUAUGCUAUUGGGGAUAACCUCAUGACUGAUAUCUAUGGAGCCAACCUAUACAACCGCUACCUGGAGGAGAGAGUUGCUAGAAAGAACCCCAAAGCCGUUGCCAAGAUGGUCUCCGCCACGGGGUCCACCACUGCAGUGCCCCAGGAGGAGGAGAGCGACAAUCUGUGGGAGAGCGAGCUAGCGCUGCCCUCCGCCACUUCCUGUAAGUCCGUCCUGGUCUGCACAGGGGUCUACAACCCCAACGUGGAGGUGCCGUCCGAUGCAAGCCACUGCAUCAAAGAGACUGUGUUCCACGGGCACAGGGACUUCAGAUUCGACCCUGCGCUGGUGGAGCCAGACCACAUUGUGCAGGAUGUGGCGGAAGCUGUUGAACGCAUCUUUGAGCAGGAGAAGUUUGUGCCUCAGUAGAGUUGAGCCAACAGGUUUUGUGUAAUCAUGGGAGGCGAGGCAUUAAACUGGGCGUACCACUUAAUGCAUAAACCCGAAGGAGCCUCACACUGUGGACAUUGUUUAACCACCCGACAGGGCAUUGACAAAUUUCGGGUCAGCUUCUUAACUUUCAACAUUGAGAAAAAGAAUCAUGUAACUGUUACUCUCAACCGCUCUUUUAUAUUGUUUUUGUGAUAGUCUUUAAUUACCUGUUUUCAUUCAAGAAACAUUUAAGGAACUGCCUUAUUUGACCCAAUUAAGUAUUUUUUUAGACGAUAGUAAUCUUUUAGAUAAUUGCAAAUCCUGAAAUCAUCCUAUAUUUAUUACAAGAAUUUACCAGUGUUUUUAAGAAGCAUAUUCAGAUAAUAACGGUCGCCCUCUAUUCCCAAGGUGACUUUUUAUUAUUGCAUUUUUAGUCAUUUGUUAACCCAUUUAUCCUUGAAAUGCUAUGCAUGACCAUGAGCGUAAUACUUGUACUGUAAAAACAACUGUUUGAUGUGCAGUAGGCCUAUUGUCCUCUAAUAGUACUAUCCGUCUGCAUUUUGUCUAGUUGUGAGAACCUUGAGUAUUUGCACAGAUCAGAGACUUUGAUCUUUGUGAAAUGUUACCAUAUCUUCCUGCCAUAAAUUGUUUAUUAUAAUGUAUAAAUUCAUUUUUAUGCUUUAAUAUUUUAAAUCCAGAUGUUAAAGCUACCUAGACGUCUUUUAAGAUACAAGCACAAUGCCGGUCAAAAACAUUUAAUGCUCCAUAUUUCAUCAUUUGUGGUAUUUUUCUCAUUGUAAAUACCUUAACGUCAGAAAAUAUAAGGAAUAAGUA